AUGAACAAGCUCGUGCAAAGCCUUGCCAUCCACACCAACCAAAAAUCAUGUGGUGGGGUCUUGUUGAAAUUAUUUCAUCAUCAUCAUAACGGAAGGGUUCAAAAGAAUUAUGAUUUUCAACAAUUUAAUUUUCUUUCUCCAAAUAUUACGAGAAAAUACAGUUCCAUUGUGCAUAUAAAUAACAAUGAAGAAAUAAAUGACAAUGAUGAUGACAAUGAUAUGGGUUAUUCAAAAUUAGAAAAUCAAUCAAGAAUAAUAGAAAAGGUCUCCCUAUCGGAGAGGCUGAAACAACGAGCUUUGGAAAAUCAAUUAUCUUUGGAAGAAGCUAUCAACAUUUCAACAAAGUUAAUAUCCGGAAAGAAGAGUAUUGUAGCAAUGAUCGGUCCUGUUGCAUCAACACAAUCAAAACUACCCAAAGACAUUUUUGAGAAAGCUACUUCUCAGUAUUACCAACAAAACAACGCUCUGACAAGCCAUGUUUACGGAGAUUUACACAUUUUGUACAACAUUGACAACAAAGCAACCACCAACACUCCAAUGACGGCGGAAGAUAACAUACACGAAGCUAUACAAGUCGAGCCACAAAAACCAAAUUCGAGACGCUCCAUGGAAGCUUUACAACUCCAAGAUUUCAAAGAGAAUACUGUAGACGAUCUGUUUAAUUGGGCUCAAUAUAUGUCAAACCCCGCUCCAACAUUACAUUAUUUACAAAAAUUACGUAAUACCUUCAACAAAGCUUACAACAAAGGAACAAUGAUUCAUGAUUUUUUACUCAAGCUCAAGAAGGAGAAUAAGUUAUUACGAGUGUAUACUGAGAACAUAGAUGGACUGGAACAAAAGAUGUUAGGAGAUGAUAUUGUAGUAAAUUGUUUGGGAAUCUUAAACGGAUUUCAUUGUGACGUAUGUGGAAAAGAGUUUGAUUUUACGUCUGGACUUGCACAAUUUCCAAACAAAGACUCUCCAGACCGUAAUGUUCGUAAGGGUAAAUGCGAAAUGAUGAGCAAGAAAGAAUGUGGAUUACUACCAAAUAUCAUAUUGGAAAACGACUCUUUUCCUAAGGUAGUUCGUGAAAACGGAGAGCGUGAUAUUUCAGAACAAUGUGACAUGAUUAUAGUCAUUGGUACUCCUUCAUCAAGACAGCCCUUGUCUGGUUUAAUGCGGAUGGUGUCACAAAACAAAAAUGUAUCGACUUUAUGGAUAUUGCCAAUGGUGCUUUUGGAAGCUUAUAGAGAUAUUGACAUUCCUAGACCCCUUCAAGAAUUUGCAACCCAUACAUCAUCUAGAAACAACGUCAUUGUACUUCCUGACGCUGUGACCAUUGAGUCGUUUGUUUCCAAAAUUCAAGCCAAGCUACAAGAAUAA